UGCUGUAACUGAGCUGUUUUUUCCUUCUCAUCUACACCUUCAGUGAGGAUUUGCAUGACCUCAGUUUUGUUAAAGAUAAUUUUCUUUUAUAAAUUUUCUCUUCGCUGUCUGUCUUGCACACAUCUCCCAACAUGGGCCCUCUGACAGCUGCCCUGCUGUUUUCAUUACUUGAUUCCAUCUCCUGCAUUCAGUUUCUGGCACCUGUAAACAUGGGAGGAGUCACAGGGCAGGUGCAGUUUGACUCUGCCUCCCAGCUGGCCACUGUCAACAUAUCCGGUGCUGGAUCCUGUGGUUCCCUUAACUUUUCCGUCAACGAGUUUCCCGUCAUGUACGGCCACUUUGAUCAGCCCUGUUCUGAAGCAAACAUUGGCUCUAGUGUCUUUACCUUCACAGCUGAUUCCGUCUCAGACUCCAUCAAUGUGUCACACCUGUUUGAACAGAGAUCAAACUUGGAUGACUUCUCGCUGACUUUGCAGACCUGUAACAGCACCAAAGUAUGCACAGUUGUAAGUCGAGGUCAAACGCUCUUGACACGUCAGGCCAGGUUCACCGGACCCAUUGCGGGUAAUGUUUAUGUCCGCCUGAACACAGACCAGACCAACCCCAGGCUUCUUGCAGACCUAGUUACAAUCGGUCAGGUCAAUGCCUCCAAAACAAACAUCACCAUCUUUGGCUCAGUGAACACCGCUGCAAACUGUGAUGUUCUUCUUGGAAUAUUAGAUCCCUCAGCUUUGAUCCGUCUGGGCAUCAUAAAGGUUGGAACCCCUUUACAACCUGAGAAGUCCCGUCUGGACCUCACUAGCUUCAAUAUCAACACUGCCUUUCUUCUCCUCCCUAUGGGGUCAAGUUACAUGUGUGCUCAGAUCUAUAAUGUGCCAGAGAAACAGGUGAGAGCCGUUGUGAAUAUGAGAGGGAUCAAAGGAUACUUCAGUUUCCAUCAGGCUUCCCCGUUUGAUGUGACAGAGUUGAGGGUGAACCUGAGUAACUUAGAGAGCAGAGUUGGCCCUUACCAUGUCCACAAUUUCCCUGUCCCUUCAGUCAGGUCGCUUCCCUCAAGCUUGUGCUCAAAUGAUAAUGUGGGUGGUCACUGGAAUCCAUUUGGUGUCAGCCAAAGUGACCCAACAUACCCCAAAGUGCCUGGAUCAACACAUGACAAGUAUGAGAUCGGUGACCUCAGCAACAAGCAUAUGUCCCUUGCAGGUAAAAACAAUUCGGACAUGGUGUUCACGGACUUCAAUCUCCCUUUGUUUGGACAAAACUCCAUUGUAGGUCGGUCAGUUGUGAUUCACCAAACAGAUGGUGCAAGGUAUGUUUGCGCCAGCAUUGGCUAUCCCGGUGAAGUGACUGUUGCCAGAGCUAGAUUCCAGAGCCCUGUGAUUGGUGAGAUCUGGUUCACCCAACUGAACGAAUACCCUCUGUCUGAUGUAUCCAUCUUCAUGGAUUUAUCAUAUGGAAACCCCACAAUGAGUGAAACCAGAAACCACAACUGGCACAUUCACACCUACCCCAUCAGCUCAGAGAGGGAUGAUGAUACUAGGCGCUGCAGCACGACAGGAGGUCACUGGAACCCCAUGAACAUUACCACAGGAGACAGCAGUUAUGCCCUCCAUUGUGGCCCCUCCAGUCCCUUGUCCUGCGAAGUGGGAGACCUCUCCAGCAAACACAGCACGAUCAACCUUGACUCCAGAGUGGGUGGAGUGGAAGGAAAAAACUUCUUCACUGAUGUAACUUCCUGGUUGCCAGGGUCAGGCAUUAUUGGUCGUUCUGUGGUCAUCCAUCAAGCAGAAAGAGGAGGGCAAAGGAUUGCUUGUGCCAACGUUACAAUGGUGCGGGUCCCAAAAGCAAGCUCAGGUACUUGGUUUGGCCCUGGGAUAUCCAGUGGGCAGGUUCGGUUCUCCCAGUCCAUCCCACAAGGCCCCACACAGAUAAACAUAUCCCUGAUGAACCUGAACGCCUUAGCUGGGGGUUACCAUGUUCACAUACUGCCCAUUGAAUCUGACAGCGUGGAGCCCUGCUCGGGAGCAAACAUUAUGGGCCACUUCAAUCCACUAGCCUGGAACGCAUCAAACUCCCCUGCACCUGGAGAUGGCACCUUUGACCAGUAUGAGAUUGGAGACAUUAGUGGGAAGUUUGGGAUGCUGAAUGGCCUUGACCAGUCUCAGGAUGUAUACAUGGAUGCAACCUUACCAUUAACGGGGCCCUAUAGCAUUGUGGGGAGGUCCCUGGUUGUUCAUUACAGCAACGGAUCAAGAAUGCGGUGUGCGGACAUUUCUGCUGACAGAGAUCCAGAUGGACAAUGGACUAUUGCCAAGGCUGUUUUCAAUGGCACCUUGACUGGGACAGUCAGACUGCACCAGCAGAUGUUUCCUGAUGGGAGUAGCAGCGAUACCACACUGGAGGUGAACCUUCAAUCUGCAAAAAGGCAAAAUACUACUGAGGCAUCCUUGUUCAUCACAAACGGCCGCGCGGGUGCCAACAACAGCCAGUGCAAUGGUGUGGGAGAGACGUAUAAUCCUUUCAACAUGACAUCAAUGACUUCCAGCUGUUCACUCGAAAACCCUCUGAGCUGUGUGGUGGGAGAGUUCUCCGCAAGAAAUGGCCCAAUCAGCCUGACUGUGAGACAGCUCUACACUGAUAGCAUCAUUCAGCUCUCUGGAGACAACACAGUGGUCCACAGAUCUCUAGUACUGAAGAAUGGAGACAGUAUCAUCGCAUGUGCUGAGAUCCUCCCAGAAUCUCCUUCAGCAGAUCAGACCUUUCCCACUGUGACCACCUUCAGCAGAUAUGACUUCCGUAGGAGGGUUGCUGAUGUCCUUCAGUUGGAAAUGGCAAGAGUCACCAUCCUGCCCAGCUCUCCCAUGUCUGCAGCUGAAGGAAGGUGCCAGAAAGUCAACUUCAUGGUGUCUGGGGAUGUCACCGCAGAACUUCUGAAGUCUGUCAAAACCAGUGAGAAGAUGGGCAACUUCAAAGAGUCUAACCGAUGUUCCAGGAAUAAAGGUGUGCUGCUGGUGCCGGGAAGCUUUCUUCUUGGCUUGAUGUCUGUUGCUGCAUACCUGCUGCCUUCUACAACCUAUGUAUAGUUCAGAGAUUCAGCCACACCAUGCAUCAUAACUGGGUAUACAUGGAUCCUCAAAUUGUGAACAUGAUUAUGAAAUGUAGCCCACCAAGUGAUAUAAUGGUCAUUUGAUUUACUAUCCAGCAAAAUAAUAACUGUGUCUCUUUGUACAACUUUUGUCAACCAAUAAAGAUCUUUCUAUUUUACUAUUUAAUUUUUUGCAAAUACCAUAUUAAAUGCUCAAUGUAGCCUUUAGAAACUUAUUUUUUUCACAACAAAUAUUGCUCAUAUUUCAUUCAUUUGAAAUGUUAAAUGGUUGGGUGAAGUCAAUGCUGUACUUUUUCAGAUCUCCAGAUGUUUGCCUUUAUGUAUGCACUAUCAAUU